CAAAUAAUAAGAAGUAACCUUUUUUGCGUUUUCAACCUCCCUGUUGCCGUAUGCUGAUGCAUUGCGGCGUUGUUCGUUGGCAAGGCCGCCGCAUGAAACGUAGCGCUCAUACUUCCAUUCCUAUAGCAUUAGCUUGCCUAUCGUCUACCACAAAAAUGGCAUCGUUACAGGCGAAUCCGGUUGCAAUUGGGGCUUCUAGGCCUGUACACCAGCCUAUUCCGAUUUUAGUAAGGCUAGGCUGUUCACAUAGCAGCGCACCAUCUACUUCUAAAUACUGCGGACAAACAUCAGCUGGAGCAUUGGAAAGCGGGCCCCGGCGAAGAGGAUUACCACGGGUUGCGGAGCCUUGCUCGAGAAAAUGGCAAACCGAUUCACUAAUUGCACAUGCGGGACCAGCAGGAGGAAUGGGCGCUCACGGAGGCGGUAUAGGGGAGCCGGCUGACAGUUGGCCAAGACGACUUCUUGUUGGGUUGGCUUUUGCGUACAUCUCGCUUGUGGUUCUGGUGCCAUUCGUGAACGUGUUCGUCCAGGCCUUUGCUAAGGGUAUCGUACCUUUCCUGGAGCACUGCUUAGAUCCGGAUUUUCUACACGCGCUCAAAAUGACGUUGCUGCUGGCUGGCGUCACGGUGCCGCUCAACACGGUGUUUGGCACGGUGGCCGCCAUCAACCUCACUCGCAACGAGUUCCCCGGCAAGGUGUUCCUGAUGUCGCUGCUGGACCUGCCCUUCUCCAUCUCCCCCGUGGUGACGGGCCUCAUGCUGACGCUGCUGUACGGCCGCACCGGCUGGUUCGCGGGGCUGCUGCGGGUGACGGGCAUCAACGUGGUGUUCGCAUUCACGGGCAUGGCGCUUGCCACCAUGUUCGUGACGCUUCCCUUCGUGGUGCGCGAGCUGAUCCCCAUCCUGGACAACAUGGAUCUCAGCCAGGAGGAGGCGGCGAGGACGCUGGGGGCAAACGACUGGCAGGUGUUUUGGAACGUGACGCUGCCCAACAUCCGGUGGGGCCUGCUGUACGGAGUCAUCCUGUGCAAUGCGCGAGCCAUGGGCGAGUUCGGGGCGGUGUCGGUCAUCUCGGGCAACAUCAUCGGCAAGACGCAGACGCUGACGUUGUUCGUGGAGAGCGCCUACAAGGAGUACAACACGGAGGCUGCCUUCGCUGCUGCGGUGCUGCUAAGCCUGCUGGCGCUGGGCACGCUGUUCAUCAAGGAUAAGGUGGAGCAGGCGGCGGCGGCGGAGAGCAGGAAGUGAGGUGGCUGUGGGGAGUGAGGCGGGGGCGAAGAGCAGGAAGUGAGGGGGCGGCCGAGGGCAGGACUGGAUGAAUGGCUGUGCAAUGGGGUAGGAGUGCAGGAGGCGGGGAAAACGAGGGGGAAGGUAUGGUGGCAAGGGUUGGUAGGGGCACGGCCGCGCUUCUGCAAAGGAAGGGGAAUAAGGUUGGGUAUGCAGGGAUGAGGAAAAUCGGAAGCGCCCAGUGGCAAGGAGCACAGGCGGGGCUGGGAAGGGAGGCGCUGGGCCGCUCGUGUUGUGGAGUAGGCUGGGGAAAGGGGCCUCGGAGUGGCUUUGGGGUUUGUGCACUUUGUAGGAUUGUUGGAUGGAUUGGACGCAGGAAGCCUCGUUCUUAUACGUGCCAUUCGACGUGUGGCCUGGAGCAUUUGCUGUCCUGACCAAAGAAGCUUGUAUAGAGGACACAAAUGUGUCGGGUCCAGGACCUUUAGAAGAACGCAGGUUGCUGCUGCGGGUUGCAGGGCGUCCUGGGGGAUAAACAGGGCUAUGCAUGCUUGCGUUGGGAGGAGGGGGUUGGUCACCAUGUAUGCGCGUAAUGGGCAAGUUGGGAGAGAGGAGGAUGCGUCUUUCCUGGAGUAAUCGGUGGUGGUGUCAGGAGCUGGGAAUACAUUGACGGGAUGUAGCGGGUAGAUUAAAAUAUCUUCGGACAUACUAGGAUAAGACAAUGUAUGACGGUUGCAGGUACUGUCACCAUGCACGCCCCACCUGCAACUACCUCAACUAAACUACGCACACAGCCCACGUCCAUUCCUUAAAGGCGCCCGGUGUAGCGCAACAACCUGCAAGCCUGACAACACAGCUGUACGGCAAUGAGUGGCUGGCAUGUGAAACCCUGCAAUGGUCCAUAACACGACAACACGUUAUCGACUACAAUGGCUGUACUGCAAAUGGACAACGUAUGGCCCAAAUCUUCACGGCGACUUCCGAACCCCGCCCAUGACUUGCGGUUUUAACGUUAACGAAACAGCUGACGGAACUGCUGGGUCAAAACUCAGGUUUGUGCGUACAAUACAUGGAAUGCAUACCCCUAACAGCACGCCGUUAUUACCUAGUAGCGUUACCAUAGCCAAUGCACCG